UGGUCAUGGAGAAUAUAAGUCUUGGAAGAAUAGUCAAUAUGAUCGGGUUCGCACAGAAAGUUGACCAGUUUUUCGAAAUUAACGAUAGCAUUUUCAGAAAUAUCUCUCAAGGCGCAAUUGAUAUUUCAGUUGCACAGAAAGGAACAGGGAUCCGGACAAGAGUCAAAUUUGAGAAUGUCACUGUUGAAGACUGGUACCUUAGUUUUUAUUCUUUGAUCGGGAUCUUGACUAAUGCAGACUUGGAAAUUAGUAACUGAAGGUUUGUGAGAGUAACGACUGUUUAUAAUGCAGCUAUUAUUUGGGGAUAUAGUUCUAAUGUUGAGGUUAUCAUUACUGAUACUCUUAUCACACAAAAUUCAGCAAUAACUUCUGUCUUAUUCCAUCUCCCUAGACCUGUGUCUGUGCAAUGAAUAAGGUGAAACAUCACAAAUAACUUCGCUGUAAGCAACGGUGUUGCCUUCCUUGAUGUUGGAGCUUCAGCACAAUUUUUCGAUAGUGAGAUCACGGAUAAUCAUGCUUACACAAUUCCAGUUAUUGAUUUGUCUCUUGCUGAGAAGAAGAGCAUAUUCAAUAAUUGUAGAAUCAGUAACAAUAGCGCUCUGUCAAAGGAUUACAUAAGGAACACCCUUAUGAAGCAAUCCCAUUUUCAUCCACAAUUCGUGUGGAGAAUCCUAUCCCGUGAUUGGUACUUUAGCUCAGACGGUAUGAUUUUUGAUGCAGCUGUGAUAUCCCUGAUGGGAGAGAUCGACAUAGUCAAUGGUACUAUUUUCUCUCAUCAAGCCAUGGCUGUCAGAGCUGUCGAUUCCUUUGUUAAAAUGGAAGAUGUCAAAAUGAUAGAUAUUCAAACUCAAAAAGAUUUCAUUGUCUCUGUUCAAGGAAGUAUUGACAUGACAAACAUCACUGUUGAUAAUUUUGUUAUGACAGGAAAUUUUGAUAUUUUGAAUGCACUAGACUCAGAAGUGAAAAUGAACGGAAUUCAUUAUGAGAGGUCUCAAGCACAAUUUAUGAAAAGUUCUUUUUGAAGCUUGACUAUAACUGAUUUUAAAGCUCAAGAAAUCAGUAAUAUAAGCUACCUGUUCAGAGUCAUCUCGAGCAGUGGUAUUGCUAUAAAGAAUAGCACAUUUAAGUCAAUAUCUCCGAGUAGCGCUCUACUUAAUAUUCACAAAUCUGAUGUUCAAUUAUUGGAGGACGUCCAAAUAUCUGAAAUAUCUAAUAAUGUGAUGGAUUUCUCUUCCAGUGAAGCUGAGUUAUUUAACCGCAUCUCAAUCACAAAUUGCUCCUAUGCGUUCUUGGUUUCUGACUCACUCAUUAAAGAUUGGAGGAAUUCUACAUUUGAGCAGUGUGGGAACUUUAACAUCGAACAAGGCGGUGCUCUAUAUGUGGUUAGAAGUAACAUCACUCUCCAGGAUUCUCUCUUUAGUCAGAACAAAGCUAAAAUCGGAGCUGCUAUUGCUAUAAAUUGUGAUAUAAACCAUCAGUGCAUAAACAAUCUAAGCCGCAAUAUUUUUGACUCAAACACUGCUGCCGUUCAAGGGGCUGGGAUCUAUUACAACAUGAACAGGCCUGUGAUGGAAGGACUGGAAUUUUUCAAUAACAUUGCUCCUUAUGGGAAGGACAUCGCUAGUUAUCCAUUCAACAUUUUGUUCUCAAGAACUGGGGGAAACAGGAUCAGUAUAAGCUCCGUUGGGAGUUCAAUAUCAAUAAAAGAUAGCUAUGAGGUUAGAAUCGUUGAUUAUGAUAACCAAACUAUGAAUCUGAUCGGUACGAGUUCUAUUAAGAUGCGAUCUGAAGGAUCAGAUUCCAGUAUUUAUGUUGGAGGGACCGAUAAUGCUCUGAUUGUCAAUGGGGUUGCGAACUUGUCCAAUUUCAACUUCGUUGCCACUCCAGGGUCUCAGAAAAUUAUUUAUAAUGUUGUAUCAGGACACAUAGAUUACAAUAAGAUUAAUUCCCUUUCUGAUUCAGUAAUCAAUCCUUUGAGGAAGGUUGAGAAGUCUGGAUUUGUGGUUGAUUUCAGGUACUGUAAACCUGGUGAAUACGAAACUGAAGCAGGGCAAUGAAGAGAGUGUAGCAUCAAAACGUACUCUUUGGAAUGGAAUUCAACAUCUUGAAAAGCAUGCAUGUCAAAUGCUGAGUGAUUUGGAAAAGAUCAGGUUGAGAUCAAUCCAGGAUAUUGGAGAAAAAGCCAAACAUCCAGUCAUGUCGUCCACUGACUUAGGGAGAGAUCAUGUCUUGGGGGCUUUAAUCCUGACAAUGAACAUCCUAUAAACUGUGAGAAGGGGUACGAAGGAUUUUUAUGCUCAAAGUGCUCAAUAGUAGAUGGAGAAAAGUAUCAACCAUCAUCGAAUCAUGAAUGCCUGAAGUGUCCAUCUAAAUUAGUCAAUGCAAUUGAAUUUGUAGCAUUCCAGAUUGUUUCCCUUGGGUUCAUAUACUUUAUCAUAAUUCUUAACAUUAGAAAGAAGAGUGAGAAUCAAUUCUCGAUAUUGAUGAGAAUAUUUACCAACUACACUCAAUUGAUAGCUGCAAUCCUCUCAUUCAAUAUAAAAUAUCCAAAUUUGUUCUCAGACAUGUCUUCGCAAACAGACAGAGUGAAUUCCCCUGAGAGGACUUUCUUUUCAUUCGAUUGCUUUAUUGAGAACAAUGAGAUUCGGAUUUUUGCUCCAUCAAAUGGGCUUUUCAAGUUGACAUUGUACUUAUUCCUUCCAAUUAUCUUGUUAAUCAUCGUCUCUGCAGGGAUACUUGUAUACAGAGGAGUAAUGCAUUUAUAUAAGCCUCAAAUGAAGCAUGACCUGAAGAGAUACAUCGCUAUUAGUUUUAUUUGCAUUGUGUUUAUCUUUCACCCAACAAUGACCUUCCAGUCCCUGAAAGUGUUCCAGUGAGCAAUAGUGGACGACGGGGACUCCAGGAUGAUGAUGCACAUGGAUUAUAAAUGUUACUCAGGAGAUCACCUCCGGUGGAUUUUCUUAGUUGGGAUGCCUAUCUUGAUCAUUUGGGUUAUCGGAAUGCCCUUUUUAGCCUUUAUAAUCUUAUUCAAGAAGAGAGACUCCCUCGAUGGUUUGCAGCAACAGAAGUAUUUGUUGAUCCUUUACCAAGGGCUGAAGAAGGAUGCUUUUUAUUGGGAGUUUGUUAAUACUCUCAGGAAGUUUUUUGUGCUCUUGUUCAACGUUUUCCUAAGCACAUAUGACCCAUAUUAUAGAAUUCUAGGAGCUAUCAUUUCACUUGUGAUCUUGAUCAGAGUUCAGGAAAGGCUGAAGCCAUACAAGAAAGACUCUAACAACAAAAUAGAAGUAAUUGCUGUUUUUGCUGGUAUAAUGACUCUCUACUGAACAGUGGUGUUUGUAACUGAUGAAGAUAGGCUGAACUCUGUAUACUACGGGAGUUUGGUUCUGCUAUUUGCAGUGAACACAUUUUUCUUAGUAAAUUGGGCUUACCUGGUGUUAUGAUACUUAGACUAUAAGCAUCCAUGCUUUGUCACUUUCAUGAGGAUCUACAGCUUUGCUUUGUGAAAGAAUGGAAGUCAGUUCAAGCAAGAAAUUGAGGAAAAGAAAUUGCUUACUUUCCAAUCAAAGAAUUUGAGAACGAUCAAGAAGAAAAAGAGCAGAAGAAGAUUGAGGCCUAAGAAAUUGAAGAAGAAUGAAGCGCUUAAGCACCAGAAUAAGAGAUAUUCUCUAAAGCAGUCUGCUGAAUUAUUUCACAAGAUUAGUAGCAAUAAUAAAAGUUUUGCUAGUUAUCAUAAUGAAACUGAUGGUUCAAGGGUUGAUAACACUACUGUUGUCAUUAUUAAUCCUUCUCAGUCAAAUAUUGCUAAGAGCACGAGGAGGGUUAUCAGGCCUAGUUUAAAGUCAGUAAGUGAAAAAUCAGCUGAAUAAUUGCCCUUAUUUAUCAUGAAAAUAUUCAAUUUGAUUAACCUUGGGGUUUUGG